GAAUUGCGUCAUAUUGUCGUAGUUUCGGUUGUUGGUUGUAACGAAGCGGCCUCGUGCUUCUCGCGUGUCCCAAGUCCGAAUUGUGCGCAAAUACGGUCUCGAGAGUGUCGGUGUGAUUGCGGACGAGUAUUCCGAUACACAGUGAGUCGCCUUGUCAAACGUAGAAAUGAUUGUUUUCGUUCGUGAUCGCGAGUAUCGUGUGUGCUUGUCGCGUAGCUUCAAGGUUAAGUUUGCGCGCAUUAAACGUGUUUGCUGGAAGAGGAUACUUCAUUCACGCAGUAAAAUAUCGCGAAUAUCAAGUGAACCGUUCUUAGUCGUCGUGCGAUGAUGUCGAGUACAAGAUUUGCGAUCGGGAGUGAGUUCGUCUCGUUUCUAUCUACGCGUGCAUUCAUUCAAACGACUCUCGCCGCUGUCUCGGGUGACGUGACGCAUUGGCCGCUCGUUCCUUUUCGCAAUUUUGUGUCUGUAGAUACUCUCGCGCGCGUUUCGUCUUUUAUUCGCGUUUGCGAUCGUGUGCGAUCGCGUGUAAUAUCGAAAGUGCCGAAUCGGCCGGUCGUGUAUACGGUUAAUGUGUAUACGGUUCGAGAACAGCAGAAAGAGUUGCCAGCAGACUUUUAGUCAGAAAACUACAUCCGUGGAGCAUGAUUAAUGCAGUUCAACUUCGCUGUUGCGCAUCAGUGUUGAUUCGCCACAACCUGAGGAUGCGAGAUUGCGCGAGGGACAGAAGGACGCGGACUGCUGGUGCUGCGAAGACACUGAGGUCUGCGACCAUCGCGGGAAAUGACCAUGACGAGCGUGGCUGUCGCCCCGGGUAGCCUCGGCGCACCUCCAGCUAUGCUCACUCCCAAAAUGUAUCAUCUUCAACAGGGCCUGAGCCCGACGUCUGGCUCGCCCACCUCCGGCAAGAGCUACGAUACUCUGAGCAAGGGCAAGAAGUCGUGGAGCGUGCGGCUGGGUCUGUCGCGGCAGCACCAGAACCCCGUGGAUGACUCCGGCAGGGGUGGCUGGGGCACCAUAAGCGGCGGCAGCGUGCUCUCUCGCCAGAUGAUCUAUAGCGGCGAUCCGUGGCUGUACGGCACGGUCAGAUCGUCGCGGCUCGCCGGGCAUGACCCGCCGCGACCCUUUCUGACACCGCCGCCGCUGCCGGGCACGGCGCCGUUGCUCGUGGUAUGUUCCUGCCCGGAGUUCCUCGCCGGCACCGUAAGGAAGCUUGGCAGCUGCCGCAAGUGCGGCGGUCACCGGGUGGCCGGUCUGCCCCUCGGAGGAACCUGCCGGCUACCACCGUCCACGAGGUCUCGGCCAAGCCUCGCCGGCGUGCUGAGGACCGCUACCGACGAUCCGUACGACCAGAUGCGACGGAACCGGCUGGUAGAGCCGAGAUCGCGGGCGCGCAGCAUCUCGCCGCAUCGGCCGUCCUCGCAGCGAGAUUCCAGGAGCCAAAGCAUGGUCUCGCGGACCCUCGUGAAGGAACGGAAGGGCUUGUCCGAAGGUACGUCGUUGCCGGCGUCCAGAUCCGAAUGGUUUGACAAGGAACCGAGCACGGUCGUGAGGUACGACGAUCGCAAAUCGCGACCCAGUUUUACCAAUGGUGGUGGCGCGUCUUCGGACGAGUGGAUGCUGGACGAGACUCCGGAGAAUCAUUCGCGAAUUCAUUCCACCGCGACGACGUCGGCCAGAUUGAUUCACGUCUCGAAGAAGCCAACAAGGGAGGCGAAUCAGAGGAGGAUCAGCCAGGACGACUGGAAGAACGGACCAGCAACGCCAAUUAGCGCGGACUCGCGGAAAAGUAUCCUCGAGUGCGACGUGAAUCCGUAUCUGUUACUGAAGAAGCAGAGGGACGAGGACGAUCUGAGCGACGAUCUGUCGGACAACGCGCUGGAGCAGGACGAUCUCCGAACACGGUCGUCCAGCUUGUUCGAUUCGUCGAAAGUGAAGUCGAUCGAGAGGAUACCGAAUAGGAGUGCCGUAGCGGCGAUAGGAGGUCAGCGGAUCAGAGUGUUCAACGAGAGGCCCAGAGAGAUAUCGGACGACGAUGACGACUUGCCACCGCCGGUCACCAGGAUCCCGAUACCGAAGGUAUCGCCAAAGAGACCGCCGAGACGAUUGAAGGAGGCCCGGCAGACGCUGAAGAGCAUCCUGAAGCGCGGCCGAGUGAUCGAGAGCAAGAGAAAGAACGUGCUCUUCAACGUCGACAACGUGAUAUUCGCGCCCGAGAAGCCGUCCGAGGCGACACGGCUCUCGUGGAGCAGGAUCGGCCGAAUCGCCAAUUGUGGCAAGGAACAGCGGGACAAUAACCCUGAGCAGCUCAAAGAGGAGGAGACGGAGGCGCCAAUCGUGCCGCAGGAGCAACAGGAGAAGCAUAACUUCAUCACGAUUCCAAACAUCAGGGACCCAAAGGUGGACAGAGUCAAGUACAAGGAGCCGAAAAUCGUGCCGGAAGUAAAGAAAAUUGUGCCACCUGGUCCCGACAGGAUCAAGAUAGACAAGUUCGUUCCAUCCAGGAAGUUGGAUCGUUCCGCUGCGUUCAAGAAGCAAGAAGACAAGAUCGGUAGCGAGUUGCGAUCUUCGCUCGACAACUCGCUAGCCCCCUCGAAGAUCGGCGUUCCCACAGAGCAGAAGAGGAUAUUACCGGAGGAGAGGAGAUUGCCGGAUGGAAGAACCGUCAGGCUCGAGGACGAGACGGAGCUGGAGAUCGAGAUUGAGGAGCUGAAGGAUCGGCUGCCGGGUAUCGCCGUUGACGAGAAGGAUCUAAUCCUAAAGUCCGAAGAGAACUCGAAAAAAUCCUUCUUAACGCGGAGUCAAAGCGACCGGUCGUCCAGUAAACCGCAGAUCUCGGCGGGUGACAUCCUGUUCUCGGAUACGAUGCGCCUCAGUCUUAGCAAGAAGAUGAAGGAGUCGUCGUCGUCAUCGUCAUCGUCGUUGUCGCCCACGUGCGCAGUUUUGCGCGAAGACAUCGACGAGGAAAGUUCGUCGACGAGAAGAGACGAGUCGCGGCAGACCGAAGAGGAAACGGGCGGUGAGUUUAAGGAAUCCGAUCGCGAGAUCGAGACCGGCAAGAACGUUGAGGAGAUUCCCGAGAGGACCGCCGAUAAUGCCGAAAAGGAGGCUGAACCGCCGCCGGACGCGCGCAGCGAUAUUUCCGACGUGAGCAACGAGCAUUUCCGUACGAUGAGACCUACAAGCUGGUCUCCGCCGCCAGGCAGGCAGAGGCAUCGCUUCAAGAUCGGUGACUCUAGCGCGGAUGAGAGUCCCGCCAACUCGAUCAGGGAUCAUCGGCGGACGAUCUCCUCGGCGUCGACGGCCUCGUGGAACUCGACGAGCUCCUACGGAUCCUCGAAGAUCGAGAUCAACUCGCCCGAGAGCAACGUCUGCAAGAUCACGGUGAGUCCGCGCGCGUCGCCGCUGGUGCAUCGGCUGCAGAUCGGGCCGGAUUCCAGUGCGAAGGGCGCCAGGAGAACGUCCAUCCUUAUCAACGGCGAUCAAAAUGCAAACACGGAAGUGACGCCGGGUAACAAAGUGACUAUAAGCGUCGGCGGAGAGGAUAGCGUGUGCAAUCCGACGGUGAUCUCCGUAAACUCGGAGAAUCCGCCGAAGGUCCAGAACUCCGUGGAGAAUCGCACUCUGGUGAUACUCCAGAAUUACAAAUCGAACAUCGUGGUCGAGUCGGCGAAUGACGAUUCGCGUUCCAAGCAGAUCAGGAAGGAUGGUCACGUCAUCGAAAACGGCGAGACGAAUCUAAAGACGAACGGCGAAGUACCAAUAUCGUUCGGCGACAGUGCUUCCUCGUCGUGUCGUCAAGCGGAACAGCCGGCGACUUUCGAGAAGCAGAAGAGGCUGAACGUUGAGAUAAAAUCUUCCAACUCUAAUCAGUCUUCGAGAUUUUACACGUCGGAUGAAAGAACGGCGCGGCCGGAGUCCAAGACGCGGUUCAAGGACGUCGAAAGUUCUCCCAAAUUGCCCGGUUUGUCCAAGGAGGCUCUCAUCUCCAAGCUGCUCGAAGAUUCCCUUCGAAAGGCGCACGAGAACGGUGAAAUCCUGGACGAGGACAGUGGCCAGGCCAUCCUGAAGAUUCUGAAGCAGAGCUUGCUGAAGAGCAAGGAGUACGAGAGCUCCGAGUCCACUCUGGAAGCAAAUUACUCGCGCUCGUCCAGCCUGAACUCGGAUGGCGACUUUAUCUCGACGAACCUCUUCCUCGAGGAGAAUCCGUACGAGGUGAUCAAGGAACCGAUCUACGAGGAGAUACCGGACGAGCCGCCGCCGUUACCCCUGAGCCCGCCACCCACGGAGGAUUACAUCAAGGACAGAAUCUACUUCGGCGAUGUUGAAUAUUACAAGAAAGUCACGCCGAGCCAGUUUCUCGGUCCCUAUUUGUCCGAGGAGGUUUUUAAGAAGUCCAACUCGGAGGAACUGACCGAGACCUACUUGUCCAAGAGUCCGGAAGACUUCUUCAAAAAAAUGUCAACGUCGCCCGAUGAUGAGAAUAACAUCUCCACUAAGUUUGAAUUGUUGAGUUUUCUCAUGGAUUCCAAGGAUCGCGCGCGUCCCGCGGAAGAGGACGAAGAUGAGGACGAAGACGAGGAGGACGACACCGAGGGAGACUUGGAGGCUCUGUACGAGCAGAAGGAGACCAGUCUGGGCGAUCUCAGUUCCAAGAGUUCGCAGAUCUCCAACGUGUCCGACAGCAGCGAAGAGUGCAACAUUAUCCUGACUAGCUCACCGGAGGCAUUGAAGUCGAGAACGGUCGACAUAGAGAGAACGGACAGCGGAGUUGGGUCUGAGAGCAGCCAAGCUAGUAGCACUCGUUGUGUCGCGAGACGCUGGAGGACGGGCAACGUCUCCUCCGGGCCGGGAAGUCUUCUCGGCGGAAUGCCGCAGGUGAUUUCCGGAGCUACGAAGCUGUGCGAGGACUGCGAGCAGCGACUGGACCCUCUGAUAACAGACAGCGGUGUGGUUUAUGCGCCUUUCGUGUGCAGGAAGUGCUCGAAGAAGCGCGCGGAACGGAAAGAGAUUAUCACGGAAAUCGUGGAAACCGAGCAGAAGUACGGCAGAGAUCUACAGAUCAUACUCGAGGAGUUCCACCGGCCGAUGCUGAGAGCGGGUCUUCUCACGUCGGAACAACUGUCGGCGAUCUUUCUGAACGUCGAGGAGCUGCUCGAACACAAUCUCGUUUUAGCCGAGAAACUGAAGGACAGCGUGGAACUCGCGCAGGUAUCCGGGGACGAGGAUCUCCUGACGGUGGACGUGGGCAAGAUCUUCCUCGAGUCGGAAAGGAUGCUCCACGCUUUCGAGAGUUACUGCACGCGUCAAGGCGGGGCCAGUCUGUUACUACAAAAUUUGGAGAAGGAGAAGGAACUUCUUCGUAUCUUCCUCAGGGUUUCUCAAAUGGAGAACACGGUUUUGCGAAGGAUGAACCUGAACUCUUUUUUAAUGGUUCCUGUACAAAGAGUUACGAAGUAUCCUCUGCUUCUGGCACGUUUGCUUAAAGCGACACCUUCUGUUCGACCUGACAUCCAAGAAGCGAAAAAGAGACUUAAACAAGCUCAAACGAACAUCGAGCUACAUUUGGAACACAUGAAUGCUGAGGCAAAGGAUGUUACGUCAACAAAAUUAUGGAGGAGAAUAUCGAUUAUCCAGAAUGGCAGACGGUCCACCGGCGAGCAGGAUAUGGUGAAUAUCAAGCUGAGAAAGAUGGCCGUCGAGAUCUUGGAAUGGGCGCACGAAGAAGCUAGGUUUGUUCUCGAAGGACGUCUUCUGGUGGCGCAACCGACUGACAACAAUUGGAGACGCGGUCGAACUGUCAAACUCGCCCCUGUUACUGCCAUGCUUGUCACAAACGGCAAGCCGAAUGCCGAGUAUCCCGAAUUUAACGACGACUCGCUCUUUCCAAAGCACAUAGGUAUCAAGGAAGCUACCCUACUUCUGGUCAAAGAGAAACUCGGGCGAUAUUCUUUACUACGAGAGCCAUUGUACCUCGAUAAAUGCAUAGUUUGUUGUGAAACGGAUCUCGAAGAUUAUUUCGAAAUACAGGAAUUGUCUUCUAAAGAGACGUUUAUAUUUAAGGCCGAGGACGGUGCAAGAACGAAAAGAUGGUGCAGAACGUUACAGGCUCAUGCACAGUCCCUUGGUGCUUGGCGUAAACGUCGAGGGGCCCUUCCUAAUAUCAUGAUCUGCGGUGUAGCGAGGAACUAACAAAGGCUUUAGAUAUAAUAGGCGUACAUGAAACGCGAUGUUAUCGCACCCACUUAACGCAUUCUUAAGCGACACUGAAAUUUUUCAGUACGAAAAAGUUUAAGCGAUAAAUUCACGUACAUGAUCUCCAGAUGAAUUAGUAAUGAUUUAUCGCGGAGAGAGAACGCUAGACCAAAGGAUAUCCUCGGCUCGUUGACAUGCGGCCGUCGACGAGCGACAUGAAAGUCUAGUUCUUACCGAAGUAAUCAAGGUAUGACCUUCUAUAUUCGAUUAUUACAGUACGUUGCAGAAACUUGAGUUUCCUACGACCACUGUAAAAUAAAAUGCUACGUGGCCUCGAGAGCGCAUAAUUCCUAAUGAGUAAUUUUAAGUACACAUAUAAUAUAUAUGUCUACAUAUAUAUGUAGGAAUAUUUAAUAUUAAUGAUUAAACCCUUCAAAAAGAGACGAGUAGCUGUGAUAUUGACCGGUGUAUUGGGUAUCGUUAUCUUCUCGCAGUAUGUUUACGGAUUAAAAUGCUUUAUUCGUCACAUUUUUCAUCUGCGAUUCUUUUUACUAGUAUCGCUCCUUAUGGAAAUGAUAUUAACAUGGUCGAUUUUAUUAGAUUCGAGGUCAUAGGGUUCGCAGAUUAAUAGUAUCGAAAAAUUCGCGUGAAUCAGCAGCAAGGAUACAGGGUGCCGUAUACGUCUUGUAUAAUUGGCGUGAAUCAAGAACUUGUAAAACUAGGAAUACAUUUGUUUCUAUUUCUUCAAUUAUUAUCUCCCUCCAAUUAACAGUAUUUGUACUACGUCUAACAAAAGCAAAAUGCGAAUUGUGUACAUUGUAUUAUAUUUUUAAUUAAGAAUUAAGCCAUACUCUGUGUAUGUAUAUAAAUGUAUAUUUACAGAUUUCCUCACACAGUUCUAACAGAAAUCCAUUGUAACGAAUUAAUCUGCUGCAUUGCAACCUGCGAUUUAAUAAAAGUGAAAUUUGAUGCA